AUGGUCUCGCUUCGGCAGUUCCUAUACUACUUGAACAAAGUGAAAGACGUGUUUGUUAGCACUGUUUCCGAAGUGGAAAGCGUUGAUGCAUCGAAUUAUAAGACAAGCCGGUUGAAGCAAAGGAUGAAAACACGGUUCCCACAUCUUGCUUUUCAUGCCACCAAAAGAAAAAAGAAGAGCGAAAUUGUAUAUUCCGAUUGCUUAAAGAAAGCUGAUGUGGUUGAGAAUGUUGUAUGUGCGGAUACUUCACAAUCUUCGUCCACCGAAACCGAAAGUGAUUCCAAUAAAACUGGUGGUACUAAAUCAAAACCAGCCAACAUAAGUGCGACGUUGAAGGAGUUGUAUGAUGUGGCAAUGACCCUAAGAAUGGAAUUAGAAGAGAAGAAGAAAAUAAGGUGAGCUCUUAUUGAUACUGUAAGUGUAUUCAGAAGAUCUAUCACAUAUACAGAGUGUAUAAAAAAAGGUAAUCCAACUUCAGCGCGCUAAUGUAUGCGAUGUACUUCAUGUAUGAACAAAGUUUUCUCACAUUCUGAAAGAUGAGGCUUUUAGCUGUUGAAUGACACAUUUUUAAUACCAAAUGGAGAAAAGAUAAGCAAAUACGAGUCUAAUAAAAAAUGGUAGUUAGAAACAAUCUGAUCUUUCCGAAUAUGAACAAAAUUCGUUCAUACACUGAGUAGUUCACGAAAAAAUUUCGUUCAUACACUGACAGGGCUGUCCCAAAGAAAAGUAAAAAAUGGAGCCCAAAUUGCGGAGAUGGGGCCCUGGAAAGCGGAACGUGUUAAAUAUUGAGGAAUUUUCUGGAAAAUUGGUCUAAAAAGGUCUUCAAAACUAAAUUUAAGCCCCAUUAUGUAAACCUAAUGUUUGAAAAUAUUUUUGGGGCCUCCCCCCCCCUCCCCAGUAUUUUCCAGAAAAAUGUUUUGGUUUCUGGAAAAAAUGUUUUGAGGGGGGCCCCAAAUGGGAGGGGGCCCACAUUUUUCAUUUCACCCUCCCCCCAACCAAAAACCACUUGGCACGGCCCUGUACACUGAGUAGUUUUGAUACACCCUGUAUAGUGUGUAUAAAAAUAUAUUUGAUAUGAAUAGAGAUUACAGUCAAAUUCGGCAUUCCUUAGCGAGCAACAUUGCAAUAUUGUCACGCAAUAUUGCAAUGUUGAUUGACAGAUUGCUCUAGCAAAUUGCAACCGACGCAGGAAAAUUGCAAUUUCAACUGAAAAUUCAAAAAUUAAUUUCGCAGACCUAUACAGUAAUGUGAUUCGCAACUUGCCAGCACGUUUGUAAGCAAAGCCUGAUUGGGUGAAAAACAAGCCAAUGAAGUGUGUCUGUAUGGAAUAAUAGGUCUGUAAAUGAACUUUUGAAUUUGCAGUUGACAGUUGAGUAAAAAUUGCAGUUUUCCCGCGUUGAUCGCAAUUGGCUUGGGCAAUCUGCCAAUCAAUCUGUCAAUUCGUGACAAUAUUGCAAUGUUGCUCGCAAAGGAACGCCGAAUUUGACUUCAAUAUAAUAUUUAUAUUUUCAAGGUGGUAUGAAAAUUGGCCUCCUGUUGCCUCAGAUCUGUCUGAUACAAGUGUUAAAAAAAUAGUGUCACUACUACUUUUUUAUUUCAUGGCUUGGGUGCUGGGAUUUUCUGAUGAGCCUGUACUGACAAGUUAUCUUCAUGUUCACGAGAAUGAGGCUACGCAGAUUUUCUCCAUUUGCCAAGAUGUGAUAAAUGCUUUUAGUCAAGGAAGAACUCAAACACCAAAGGCGUUGUCUUUAGCGAAUGGCAGUCAGGCAAAUAUCAGGUUGCUCUGGGUUGAUAAACAUUUUACAUGGACUGGGGCAUUGUGUUUCUUUAUCCUCAACAAUGGCUUAUGACUCUGACCUAACCCAUUGACAAUCAACACAUCAAAUAUUGUUCCCAAAGAGUUCAUUCCUGGCAAACAUAUCAAUCUUGUGUAUGACAACAUUGAUUUUCAAGAGGAAUCUGACAAGCAAACACAUGUAACAAAUGGCAUCAUCAUUCAGAAAACAGUUCCUGGUACCCUUUAUAAUGUCGAGCGUCCAUCUGAGUGUGCAACAAUAAAGAAGAAGGAAAGAUCAAUAGAAGUACCAGCAAGUACCAUCACUCCAUAUGUCAUAGGUAUAAAGAAAACACCUACAUUUGAUAGCUCUGCAUUGGAUCUUGCAUCAAUGGAACCCCACGUCAACAACAGCGAAAUUGCCACAGCUCAGAAAUUAGACCUAGCAUAUUCGGUGAUCAAGAUUUUUGCUGCUAAUGAUGAAGAGCUUUGCCCGCCUUGGCCUGGUUGGACAGGAUUCAAUACUAUGCUACGAAAUUCUGAUAUACAGCCUGUGUCAAGAGUUGUGUCAAGUGUCAGACGAGUUCGGACGUUUGGAAGUGGAUAUCCCACCUGUUCAAACCCAGACAGGAUCAGUCGACUGUGGUUUGUUUGCUAUCGCCUUCGCGUACGAAUUAGCAGUUGGAAACUUUCCAGUACACAAGGUACGCUUUGACCAAAAGAAAAUGAGGAGCCAUCUUCUCGCCUGUUUUGAGAAGCGAGAAUUGACCCACUUCCCCCAAGUACGUCGACAGCCAGCAACACAGCCAAGACAACACAACAGCGUCACAAUCGCGACAUUAUGUGAAUGUAAACUGCCAGAAGAAUACGACAACAUGAUUUCAUGCGAUCUCUGCGGGAAAUGGUUCCACUUUGGAUGCGUGGAAUAUGACAUUAGUAUAAGUACUUCAAAUGAGUGGUUAUGCCGACUGUGCACACCACCAGCUGCUAAGAAGCCUAAACUGU